CGUCGUCGUCAACCGGUGCCGUAGGCUCGCAAGACUCUUCCAUCGGAACCGCCUAUAAGAUCCCACCUCCUCCCAUAUCCUCUCCACACAAAUCCAAUCCCGUCCGUCACCGAUCUCGCCCAACAAAAAUCGAAGCGAAGGCUCCUUCGUCCUCCUUUCAAGAUGCAGAUCUUUGUGAAGACCCUCACCGGCAAGACCAUCACCCUCGAGGUGGAGUCCUCUGACACCAUCGACAACGUCAAAGCCAAGAUCCAGGACAAGGAGGGCAUCCCUCCGGACCAGCAGCGUCUCAUCUUCGCGGGCAAGCAGCUCGAGGAUGGCCGUACCCUCGCUGACUACAACAUCCAGAAGGAGUCCACCCUCCACCUGGUGCUCCGCCUGCGUGGUGGUAUGCAGAUCUUUGUCAAGACCCUCACCGGCAAGACCAUCACCCUUGAGGUCGAGUCGUCGGACACCAUUGACAAUGUCAAGGCGAAGAUCCAGGACAAGGAGGGCAUCCCCCCGGACCAGCAGCGCCUCAUCUUUGCUGGCAAGCAGCUUGAGGACGGACGUACGCUUGCUGACUACAACAUCCAGAAGGAGUCCACGCUCCAUCUGGUGCUCAGGCUCCGUGGUGGCAUGCAGAUCUUCGUCAAGACCCUCACCGGCAAGACCAUCACCCUGGAGGUCGAGUCGUCGGACACCAUUGACAAUGUCAAGGCGAAAAUCCAGGACAAGGAGGGCAUUCCUCCGGAUCAGCAGCGUCUGAUCUUCGCUGGUAAGCAGCUGGAGGAUGGCCGCACCCUGGCAGACUACAACAUCCAGAAGGAGUCCACCCUGCAUCUGGUGCUCCGCCUCCGCGGUGGUCAGUAAGUGCCUAACCAUGGCACUGUUUCUCUCUCCUGGGGUUCACAAGUCUGGUUCCUUCGGUGUCUGUCUUGGGUGGUCUGGUCCUGUGAUUCUGUUGUAUUGUGGUCUCGUGUUAUGUCACCUUGCGUCUACAAACUUGUGCUGUGAUGCAGCAUCUUUGAUGAACUUUGAAUGAAUGAAUAAGUGGGCCCUGAACUUGUUACGAAA